GUGGUCUGCUGUGGCUCUCUACUCUACACCAUGAAGCACAUCGAGCUGCUGCUGCUGUCCUCAGCAGUGCUGCUCUGCAGCGCUGCUCCAGCGGUGGAGUUGGUAACAUGCAGUGAAGACAGCGGUGCUGCGGCAGCACAUCUGGCAAUGCAUCACAUCAAUGAACGUCAUGACCAUGGCUACAAGUUCAGACUCAGCGAGACUCAAGAUAUCAAAGUGGUUACGGUCGAUGGGGACUGUGAUGUUGAGUUGCAGUUGAAGCUUCAGGAGACAAAGUGUCAUGUUGUUAAUCCCAAACCCUUUGAGGACUGUGAGAUCCGUGAAGAGCAUGAACGGGCGGUGAUGGCCAACUGCACUGUUAUGAUCACUGUGAAAAGUGGUGAUGCGAAAGUCACCAAAUAUGAAUGUGACACGAGGCAAGCAAAAACUAACGUGGAGAUGGUGAGGAUCUGCCCUGACUGUCCCUCGCUGAUUCCACUCAACAGUCCUGAAGCUAUGAGGUCUGUGGAUGAAACAGUGAAAAUAUUCAAUCAGAACACCUCCAACCAGCACUACUACAUCCUGCAGGAGGCUGGACGGGUUCUAUCUGGGUACAUGAUGAGAGCAGGGAUGGUGUACUAUCCUGAAGUUGUCCUUGUGGAGACUCAUUGCCCAAUGGGAUCCAGAAUACUUCCUGAGGCAUGCAAACCCCUCUGCCCUGACAGAGCUCAUCAUGCUGUUUGCAGUUCAUCCUAUUCUGCCAAAGAGGGACUCGGGUCUGUUGAGUGUGAAUUCUAUCCUCCAUCCAAUGUUACUGCCCUCAGCCCUGGUGAGCGGGAGCCUGUAUGUAGACCUCCAUAUCAUGUAGGCCCUCCGCUUCCUCCUGGUCAUGAAGGACCCCCUCCCCAUGCUGGCCAUGGACCCCCUCCCCCUAUCGGCCAUGGACCCCCUCCCCAUGCUGGCCAUGGACCCCCUCCCCAUGCUGGCCAUGGACCCCCUCCCCAUGCUGGCCAUGGACCCCCCCAUGUUGGUGGUAGAAGACCCCCUCCUGGUCAAGGAAGACCUCCCUUCACCCCCCCCCCAUCCCAUCACUGCUAUUCUCUGAACCUGCUCCAGUCUGACCCAGCUCUCCACCCAAUUUGCCCCUGGCCUCAUCCUGAACUGCACCCCCGUCCCAAACAUACCUAAAGAUAUACACACGAUGCCAUGUUAAGGUGAUUAGACAACAGCCUCUAAUGUAAGAAAUUCUAGCAUAUUAAAGCGCACAUGUAAAAAAACUGUUAAUUUGUGACUCAAACCUUUUCCACUGAGAUGUCUGAGAGACAUGAGUGAUAAAUUAAAAACAAAUGUUAGAUGAGUUGAUAUUCUGAUAUUAGUACUGUAAGUAAUACCGUGAUGAGGAUUGAAAAACAGUUUAUUAAAGACUAGACAUUGAAUACACACUAAAAUACAACAGAACAAAACACAAUAUCAACACUUCUUCAGGCUGGCAAACCUAAUGUAGGUUAUAUAUUAGGAAAAGUUCAUACUCCAUGAUCACUGAAACCCACCAUGCAGACAGUUUUAACAGCAUUUACUGAACCAACAAAUG